AUGACCCAAGAUCCCACUCCCUCCGCCGCCCCAGGCCCCGUUUUCUCUGCCAUAUCAUCUUCUACUCGUCACAUCUAUGACCUAUUAAAAUGCAUAGGCUUCAUGCCUAUCGCGAGUGUCAGCAUCUCCGCCGACAACAUCCGCUUCUCGGUCGAGGAUUCACAUUCGAUGCAGGAAUCCGCAGGAGCUCCUCCUCCAUCAUCUGCUGAACAGUUCAACCUGGAAUCUGAAGAAAACAAUGUAAAAUUCCAAAUAUCUUUAUCGGCACUUCUAGAAUGUCUACAAAUCUUCGGUGCGGAUGGGAGUAACAAUAGCGGUGGUGGUGGGGGUGGUGGGGGUAAUAACAACAACCGUCAAGGAGGAACCAGUAUAUCCGGUCGAGAGAAUAUACCCUUCGGAAGGCAACAAGGACCGUUCUUUGGGAAUCCUAAUCUAUUUGAACAAAAUGGUUUAAGAUUACCCGGAACCUGUAGGUUUGUUUAUCAAGGUGAUGGAUUUCCGUUGUCUAUUAUAUUAGAAGACUCCGGCGUGACCACAACUUGCCACCUAACAACCUUCAUCCCCCAAUCUUCCACCGACUUAAUCCCUUUCAACCGCACAACCCUAACCCACAAAACAAUCCUAAAAUCCGCUUUCCUUCACGACGCCCUCCUAGAACUUGACCACCUCUCCCCCGAAACCCUAAUCUACUCCGUCUCCCCGCACAAGCGUCCAAACUUCUCACUAUCAGCAACCGGAAUCCUCUCAUCGGCAACCGUAGAUUUUUCCUCAAACAACAAGUUCGUAAUGGAAACUUUUUUGGUAAACGAAGGGUUCGUGGGGAGGUAUAAAUUCGGAUUGGUAAGGAAAGCUAUGAGGGCUAUGGGGGUUGCGAGUAAAGUGAGUUUGAGGGGGGAUGGUGAAGGUGUGCUUAGUAUGCAAUACCUUGUGGAAGUUGGAGAGAAAGGUGCGGCACCGACUUUUAUUGAUUUUAGGUUUUUGCCGUUGAAUCAUGAGGAGGAUUAUGAAGAUGAGGAAGGGGGGGAGGGGUAUAGUGGUAUGGAUGGUGCGGAGGAGGAUGAGGAUGGGGAUGAGAUGAUGGAGUAG